GCCGCGUUUUGGGAACACUCAAUCCGAACGCUCUGGGAAUGGAGCGGUGAAGUGGGUUUUCAGCAGCACUGGUGUCAACCGUGCUUAGAGAGCUCAAGGAGGAGUCAAAUUUCAGGCAAAGAGCAACAAUAGUAUAGCAAGGACAGAGAGACAGGAGGGGGGAAGAAAGAGAGGGUGAGGGAAGGGAGGGAGCAAGAGAGAGAACGAGAGGAAGACACAAGCACAGGAGAGGCAGAGACACAGACGGAGAGGAGAGCAGUUUGCAGGAGUCACCCAGCGUGGUGUAACCAACACUCCAGACAGCAGAGUAGAGAGAGGAAGUCAGACAGGGUCUGAACAGUAGAGGAGAGAGGAAGAACAGAAGAGUCAAGCAGUGACCAGAACAAAGGCAGAGAGAGAGAGAGAGAGAGAGAGAGAGAGAGAGAGAGAGAGAGCAGUGGAUAGAAAAGAGAGGAGUGACAGCUUAUAAGAGUGCCAGGAGGCGGCAAGUACAGCGUGCAGAUAACCUGCUGAGGAGAUGGAACUGGUACGCGCAACAGCGAGAGAAAUACACUUCAGCGCAUAGAAUGAGCGAUGUCUGCAGUGCCAGCCGACACACUAAAGUUGCCGGGUUCCCUGCGAGGAGUUUUUGACGUGUGAUCCCUGAGGAGCAGCAUGUAUUUCGGUAACGCAUGUCAAAAUGCCAUCCUGCCCACAUUGGUGCGUCCAUCGCUGCCCACUGUCCAGCCAUCCUUGGACAUGAAGCAGUUCCUCCCAUUUCCCCUGGACACCACCACAGUCAACCUCUUCCCCAACUUCAGUGCGAACAUGGUUGGAAUUUCCCGAACAGAGCAGGGCUCACCCAUUUGCAGCUGGAAGACUGGACUGCCUGGAAGACGGCUGUGCGUGAGUAUGGAUCCAGUUCAAAAGGCUGUUAUAAAUCACACAUUUGGAGUCCCUCCACCACCUAAACGGAAACAUGUUGUGUCUUGCAGUGUGUGCCAGCUAAGAUUUAAUUCACAGAGCCAGGCCUCAGCCCACUACAAAGGAACCAAGCAUGCCAAGAAGCUCAAAGCCCUGGAGGCCCCAAAAUGCAAGCACAAAACUGCUGCGGUCACCAAGGAGACCACAAACAAGGACACCCCAAAGAGCACCUACCCCCCACGAAUCCCCACCAGCACUGACAGAACAGAUAAUGCGGCCGGGGCAGGGACACUACCACUGUCACCUCCAGUCACCGGACCCAGCAUGUCUACAGGGGGGGACAGCGACGACACCUCCACAAAGGAAAUAAAGGAAGUGCCCCCAUGCACGCCCGCAGUGCAGCCCACCCCCUCCUCCUCCCCCUCCCCCCCCCCCCUCCUCAGAGACAGAGGCAGAGACAGAGACGGAGGAGGAGAAGGCCAAGCGCCUGCUCUACUGCUCUCUCUGCAAAGUGGCCGUCAACUCAGCUUCCCAGCUGGAGGCCCACAACAGCGGCACAAAGCACAAGACAAUGCUGGAGGCCCGAAGUGGAAGUGGAACAAUCAAGUCCUUCCCCAGACCUGGGGUCAAGGGGAAGCUGGCUCAGCCCAACAAGUCAGCCACGGGUCUGCAGAACAAAACGUUUCACUGUGAGAUCUGUGACGUACACGUCAACUCAGAAACACAGCUCAAACAGCACAUUAGCAGCCGGAGACACAAAGACAGAGCGGCAGGGAAACCGCCCAAACCCAAAUACAGCCCUUACAACAAAACCCAAAGAGGACCGAGCGGGCAGC